UCAUUUCGCGAGAUCCACAGGAAAAACACGCGAGGCUAGUAACUUGGUGGUUUUCAUUUAGCGUCAACCAGAUACCUUUCCUUCCUGCUACUCUAACAAUUUUGGCACACAUUUUGGCACACUGUAACGAGGAAAUCAGAGGAGGAAUUCAACUGGCGCAACAACAGUCGGGGAAAGAAGCAGUACAAGAGAAAAGUCAUAGAAAUGCAGUCAGCUGGUGCUAAGUGGUAUGACAGAAGGGAUGCAGUCUUUGUGGAAUUUUGUGUAGAAGACAGCAAAGAUGUCCAAGUAAAAUUCGAGCCAUCAAAAUUUAUUUUCAGCUGUGUUGGGGGAACAGAUAACGCUAAACACCUAAAUGAGGUUGAUCUCUUUGGCGCAAUUGACCCAAAUGACUCAAAGCACAAGCGCACAGACAGGUCUGUGUUGUGUUGUCUACGGAAGUCUGAGGUUGGGAAGUCAUGGCCUCGACUAACAAAAGAAAAGGCAAAGCUCAAUUGGCUCAGCGUGGACUUCAAUAACUGGAAGGACUGGGAAGAUGACUCUGAUGAAGAAUUCUCCAAUUACGAUCGCUUCUCAGAGAUGAUGAACAACAUGGGAGGGGAAGAUGAUCUACCAGAUGUGGAUCCUGCAGAUGAUGAGGACUCUGCUGAUAGUGAUGAUGAAAAGAUGCCUGACCUGGAGUAAAGGAAGUCAUGAUGAAGUCUGUGUAAUACUAUAGCAAGGACUGUCACAUAAUGUCAAUUGGUAAAAAAAAAAAAAAAGAUUAGGGUAUCCAUUGUUAGCCAUAUACAAAAGAAACCGAAACAUUGCAAUUUUUGUUUUUAAAGAAAUUGUUCUCCUAUCUCUCUCUGAAGAUCUGCGUGGGGCAGAGCUAACUGUGUUUUUUGAUGUGCAGAGCUGCCUCUGAAGACUCAGCGGUUUCUGCGCCUAUCUGUUAAAACUUGGCACGGACAGUAUAAUUUCCAUGGCGUGUUGUGGGGUCAUAGUUCUUGUCCAUUAAACUUAACGGAAGUGGUUGCCGGGCUCCUGCAGAAUUCACACCCCCUCUUUUCUGUUCCAUAUCAGUGAGUGCGUACUCUGUGAGCUUGCCAUUGGUCUCGCAAUUGAUGGAGUCAAAAAGUUUGGCAAAGAAAAUAAUUUUAAUUCACUUUUUAAUCGCCCCCUCCUCAACACUCUUUCCCUCCUAUUCUGUGGUGCAGGCUGUAAAUUAUUUUUUUGUUAAUUUAUGAAUUGAGAGGUAUUUGUUUUUUUUGCAAGUGAGACUGUCAUUUUCCUUAAGUGUGGAUGAUGUCCACAAUCGCUCCGUGGUGUACCAGGCCAUGAAUGAAAAUGCUUGAUUUGUGUGUAUGCUGGUCAGGUUCUAUUGGUACCGCCCUUGAAUCACUUUUGACAAAGGGGCAUCUCUACCCCUUGAAGUAAAUCCAUGUACAUAAGAUAUAUUGCAAAUACAUAUUACUGUCUGUAAAAAAAAAAACUAUUGAAUGGUUCCAAGUUAAUGGCUAUGACUCUGUUUUGUUUUCGUAACACCUGAAAGUGUAGCAGGCAUCAAAACACUGAUUGCUUCCAAUAUAUGUAAAGAUGAAAUGGCUAAAGACAUGCGCCAAACAGCUGGGCAGAACAAAAGAAAACCAAUAAAAGGAUGACACCAAUAGAUGACCAAAAUUGUAUUUGCACUCGGAAUAUCAAUGCAAGUGUGAGCAAAGCAAGAUUACACUUAUUACUGUAUCCUGUGCUGACCUGUCUCAGCGGAUUUAAGAAUUUUAGUUAAAUGCAGUGAGGAUUUUUUGUCUACCUAUUUCUAAUAAACUUGUCUCAAACUAA